AACCUAUUGUAUGAAAGGAGCGCGUGUAUGUAUCUCCGCAGCCUCGCACUCCCGUCUGUGUGCCUAUCUCUCUUGUGUUGGUAGCACGCUCGAGCUAUCACAAUGUCGAGGGUUUAUAUAGGAAGGUUGAGCUACAGAGCCAGAGAGAAGGACGUGGAGAGGUUCUUCAAAGGCUACGGAAAGAUACUCGAAGUCGACCUGAAGAACGGGUACGGCUUUGUGGAAUUCGAUGACCCCCGUGAUGCAGACGACGCUGUAUAUGACCUGAACGGCAAAGAGCUGUGUGGGGAAAGGGUCAUCGUGGAGCACACCAAGGGACCCCGUCGUGAUGGAGGUUACGGUGGUGGUGGUGGAGGAGGAGGGGGAGGAGGAGGGGGAGGAGGAGGAGGUGGUGGAAGAAGUAGUGGAUAUGGACGCUGGGGAAGAGACAGAUAUGGUCCACCUAUAAGGACUGAUUAUCGACUCAUUGUUGAGAAUCUUUCCAGCCGCUGCAGCUGGCAAGACUUGAAGGACUACAUGAGGCAGGCAGGUGAGGUGACCUAUGCUGACACCCACAAAGGUCGGAGGAACGAAGGGGUGAUAGAGUUCAGGCUCCACUCGGACAUGAAGAGGGCUCUCGAGAAACUCGAUGGGACAGAGGUGAACGGAAGGAGGAUCCGCCUCGUCGAGGAUCGCCCCGGAGCCAAACGCAAACGCUCCUAUUCUCGCAGUCGCAGCCGCUCCAGGUCUCGCUCCAGGAGCCGCAGGUCUCGCAAGAGCCGCAGCCGCAGUGAAAGCAGCAGUCGCAGCCGCUCCCACUCAAGAGCGGCUUCUCGCUCCCGCAGCCGAUCUCGCAGCAAGAAGAACAAAGCCAAGGGCAAGAAGGAGGACGAGGAGCGCAGCAACGGAGCUCCGAAGAACAAGGACAGCAGCAGAAGCCGAAGCCCCAAGGGCAAGAAGAACAAGAAAGACGGAAAGAAGGGCAAGAAGGACGACUCCAGGUCCCGGUCCCGCUCUCGUUCUCGCUCCAGGUCUCGCUCCAGAUCCGGAAUCAAGGAUCGCUCCAGGAAGUCCGGCUCAAAGAGCCGCGAGCCGCCAAAGAGCGACGACGAGGGUGGCGAGCCUGACAGGGCCUCCCGCUCCCGUUCUCGCUCCCCCGUCGAUUCCAAAUCGAGAGCCAGAUCUAAAUCCAAGUCCAAAUCCAAGUCCCGUUCCCCCUCUCCCGUCAAAGCCCGCUCCCACUCCCGCUCCGCCUCUCGUUCUGAGUCCCGCUCCAAAUCCCGCUCCCAGUCUCGUUCUCGCUCCCGUUCCCGCUCUUAGUUCAGAUUUUGGACCGUUCGUCUUGACCCCUGAUCCCCCCCCUUCUCCCCCUGUCCUCCACUUACAUUCCCCAGACCCCCCUACACAACCCCCGCCUCCUGUUUUUGAUAACUAGCUGUAGAAUACCAGGCACUCUGAUAGAUGUCUUUUAUGCACACGCAACUCCAUUUGGUUUGACUUUUACUCGACAUAUUUUCAUUAGAGCUGUCUUGUAUGGAGGUGUUUGUAAAUUUACAGGGUGCAAUCUGAGUUUUUUAAGUUCCACUGAUGGUAAGUGUCUUAGCCUUUUUUUAAUCAAACGUAGAAGCAUAUUGUUUUUGUCAAAGUGCUGGGUGGGAAUUUGUUCUAGCAUCUCCUCGCCUCUUGUGGAAUCCUUGUAUCAUUUUAUUUCAGAUUAAAAAAAUGCCUGUUAUAA